CUUUUGAUAGAAAAAUGCUCUAAAUGCUCUUGAGAUUUCAAUUAUAAUUUUAUCUGAUUAUUGUUCUAAAAACCAGAGGAGGUAUUGAAUAAAAAAAAAGAGAAUUGAUGACGAAUGAGUGAUAAGAAAAGAACUUAGAAAUCUAUUAAGGACUUAAUAUAAAAAUGCUACGGAAAGAAGAACCCCGUUUGGAAAUGUUAGAGAAAUUAAAAAUAUUCCUUAUUGUGCAUUGGCAAGGAGUUGUAUGUUUGUUGACGCCAAUUAUUAUAAUUCCAAUACUGAUACCAUUUCCAGGACAACCACAUCAAUGGUGCGCUUACACUCUCAUACUGAUGGCUACUUAUUGGGUGACGGAGUGUAUUCCAUUGGCAGUCACCUCUUUUCUGCCUGUUCUUAUUUUUCCACUCGCUGAUGUUAUGCCUACCAGUGAAGUGUGCAAGUCCUAUAUGAACGAUUCAAUUGUUAUGUUUCUGGGAAGUUUAAUUUUGGCGUCUUCUGUGGAACAAUCUGGACUUCAUAAACGGAUGGCAUACUUUACCAUAAGGAUUAUUGGAUAUUCUCAUCUUAGGUUGCUGGGUUCGUUGUGCAUUGUAACAACUUUUGUGUCAAUGUGGAUUACAAACACAGCAGCUACUACGAUGAUGGUGCCAAUUAAUUUUGCUCUACUAAAAGUUUUUGACGAUCAAAAAAUAAUAAAAAUGUACGAAACGACUGCUGAUGGAGAUACAUUUGCUUCAGAUAUCACAUCCUGUUAUUUUUGUGCCACUACUUUUUCUGCGACUGUUGGUGGCAUAGGCACUCUUGUUGGUACUGCUACAAAUUUAGUAUUCAAAGGACUAUUUCAAAAUGCUUACCCCAGUGCACCGGAAUAUUUAUCUUUUCCUAAGUUUUCCGCUUUUGCUGUACCAUAUAUGAUAAUUAUGGAAAUAUUUAUAUAUCUUUAUUUGGCGAUUGUAUAUUUUGGAUUCUUAAGGCCCAAUAGCGCAGCUGCAAAACGAGCAGAAAUCCCAAAAUCUGGCAAAGAAGCAGCUCAAAAGGCAAUCGCAGAAGACAGUAAGAAAAUGGGGAAAAUAUCGUUUUGGGAAAUUAUGGUAAUAUUAUUAUUUGGAGGAGCUAUGGUGAGCUUCUUCUGCCGCUCUCCUCAAAUAUUCGAAGGAUGGGGAGACAAAAUAAUACAACACUUUGAGAUAGAGGAUAAAAAAUUUGUUAGAGACUCAGCUUUGGCUAUGUUCGUUUCAUUUCUUAUGUUUCUCUUACCGUCAACUUUACAAAUCAUAAUGAACUGCAAAGCUAAAUUCCAUGAGGAUUUGCCAAAAGGACGGGUGAAAUCCGUAUUAGACUGGAAAUUACUGAAUGCUGUAAUGCCUUUUAGUUUCAUGUUUCUAUUAGGAGGUGGAUUCGCCCUUUCUAACGCAGCAAAGAAAACUGGUCUAAAUGACAAAAUUGGAGAAUCACUACGCGGACUGUCCGCUGCACCGAAUCUCUUAGUUCUCUUGAUUAUAAUCAUUGUUGUUGUUCUUAUUACGAACUUUGCAUCGAAUGUGGCUGUUGCAAAUGUUUUUUGUCCAAUAGUGAUGCAAUUAGCGAAAGAAAUUAAUAGAAAUCCUCUAUGGUACAACAUAGCGGCUGGUUAUUCCGCAUCAUAUGCUUUUUUGUUACCUGUCGGUACGCCUGGAAAUUUGGUAGUUCAAAGUGCCGCUAAAAUUCCUACUAGGAAAAUGGUAAAAGCUGGAUUAGGUCCUACGAUUAGUACAAUUAUAAUAACUUGGAUUGCUAUAUCCUUCUGGGCGCCAGUUAUAUGGCCUGAUUUACACACGAUGCCGGAUUGGAUCUCAGCCAGUAGCAGACGUAUCUAAAUACAAAAGAUGAAGUGGAACUCCACAAAAUUCAAGUAAUUCUGUUGUUGUCGUGUACUUUCCAUAAUAUUUUAACUCAGAAGAACGUAAUUUAUUUUUCCGUUUUAAUUGAUCUUUAUUAAUAAGAUAUUCGAUGUAACGAAUUAAGUUUUUGUUUA